AUGGCACUGUCGCCUAUCGUACUCGCGGUCAGUCUGCUGGCUGGUACUACUGUUCUAUGGCGCAUGUUCGCCUACUUGCGGUUGCGCCUUGCGAGCUCGGUGAUAUACAGCAUCCCGGGCCCUCCGGCCAGUUCUUUUUGGACUGGUAACAUGACGGACCUAUUCGAUCACAAGCAAGAGGCAUUUUAUCAUAGCGUGGCUACAGAUUACGGCUCCAUCGUGAAGAUCAGCGGCUUCCUGGGUCGCCCGAUGCUGGUCGUGGCAGACCCUAAGGCUUUGCACCACAUGCUCAUCAAGGAGGAGCACGUUUACCAAGAGACCAAACAGUUUAUAUCGACGAACUUGGUCUACUUCGGUCCUGGUCUCCUAUCUACAUUGGGCAAACAGCACGCAAGACAGCGAAAGCUUCUGAAUCCUGUGUUCUCUGUGAACCACAUGCGUCACAUGCUAUUAUUGUUCUAUGAUAUCACACACAAACUCCGUGAUGCUCUCAAGUCUCGCCUGCAGAAUGGGCCCAAGGACGUCGAUGUGCACGACUGGAUGGGACGCACUGCGCUUGAAUUGGUCGGCCAAGGCGGUUUGGGCUACUCCUUCGACACGCUGGUGGAGGAUAGCAAGGACGAAUACGGUCAGGCCCUGAAACGCUUUGCCCCGCUCGUCUCCACCGUGUCUUUGGUUGGCGGUGUCGUUUCUCCCUCGAUGAAGCUGCCGAAGUGGCUACGCAGGACAAUAGUGGAGUCUUUCCCUGCCGGAACACGCAUCGAAAGACUUAAGAAGGUUGUUGACACUAUGGACGGAAACGCAAGAGCCGUCUACACCGCGAAGAGGUGUAGUCUCGAGAAAGGUGAUGCGGAGGUCGUAAAGCAGGUAGGCGCGGGCAAGGAUAUCAUCAGCGUCCUCAUCCGCGCAAACACUACGGCACAAGAGAAGGACAGGCUCUCAGAGGAAGAGAUCGUUGCACAGAUGUCUACCCUGAUCUUCGCCGGGAUGGACACCACUUCGAACACUCUUUCGCGUAUUCUAUGGAUCUUGGCCCAGAACCCUGACGUUCAGAUGAAACUCCGCGAGGAAUUGCUUGACGCGAACGCCAUGGAAAGUUUGGCCUACGAUGAAUUGAACCGCCUCCCCUACCUGGAUGCCGUGUGUCGGGAGACCAUGAGAGUCUAUCCUACGGUGAACCUCCUGUUCAGAGUGGCAACCGAGGACAGCGUCCUCCCGCUUUCGGAACCACUCAACACGCGUGACGGCAAGAGGCUGACUGAGAUCCCUGUUCCAAAAGGAUCGGAUCUGCUAAUAGGUGUACUCGGAAGCAAUCUCAGCCGCGCCUUAUGGGGAGAAGACGCCAUGGAAUGGAAGCCUGAGCGUUGGAUCAAUGGCAUCCCUGCUGCCGUCUCCGACGCGCAUAUCCCUGGUGUAUAUUCCAAUCUGAUGUCGUUCUCCGGAGGAAAGAGAGCCUGCAUGCAAGUCGGCUUCAAGUUCUCCGAGAUGGAAAUGAAGGUCGUACUGUCUGUCCUCGUCUCGACUUUCACUUUCGAGUUGGGCGAGCAGCCAAUCGCGUGGAACAUGGGCGGACUCGUUUUUCCAACCGUCGGAUGGGAGAGUAUCGAGCCAUCGCUUCCCUUGAAGUUGAGUCUGUACAAGCCUGCUCUCUAGUAAACUGUGCAAGGAUGUUGUGUAUGGAAUAUGCAACGUGAGCGCAUGUGACUUGUACUACCAGCAUACGUCGCUUAACUUACAUCUAGUGUAUGAGCCACUGCUGCGAAGAUUCCGACCGCUUAAAUUCCUGGUUAUUGCAUGAAAUUAUAUCUUUUCUGGAACAUCCCGACGCUGGCGCUGAUCUCUGAGAGGCUGUCGAGGGUUGGCUGCAACUUGGCUCUCAUAUAUGGGCCGCAUCACCCUGCGUCGAUGAUCACUACCUCGCAAUCUGAAUUGUAACUCGGACGACCAAUUUGAACCCACCUCUGUACCGGCGAGUUCACUAGCAUAUAAUGGUUUGACUUUUGACUUCGCGCAAUAU